AUUUUAUUCAUGGUGAACAGAACAGAACGAAUGGCAGCCUUUACGAUGCAGACCAUUCGUUUUGUAUUUGUGGAUCACUUCAUGCACAGUUACCAGUUACCAUCAGAAGAUUUUACUAGACAUAGAUGAUGAGGAAAAAUGUGCUGGAAUACAAACAGAGGUUCACCAAGUUUGAUAUAACUGGCGAUACUAACUGGAUAUAACUGGCGAUAUUAACUGGUAAUAAAAGGAGCAGGUCAAGGUUUGUCAAUGAAGAAAGGCUGUGGAGCAAAAGAACCACUUCAGUGCCAUUGAAAGAGUUCCACAAAGAAUUGUCUCGGAUGUAUAGCUCACUCAACAAAUACUGUAUGAAAGGAAAAAGAAAGAAUACUAGUUGACGCAAUUAACGUCAAUCAUUUUGUCUGGUACUUGUGUACUUGAAAAAGACUAAUUAAUAAGGAAUGAGAGAUGAGAAGAAAACCAUGUUGAAGUAUUUUGGAUAUUGAAGUGGAGAUGGGACACUCUGUGUUACAUUAUAUCCUCCUUUAUCUACUGGGGCUUAUACCUGCAGCUGCUGCUCUAAGUUUUGGUACCAUAGGAAGUGGAGUUGUUCUCCCAAACGACCCGUAUAUAUACAUCGGAAAGAACUUGACCUUGAGCUGUAACCUUACAAAGUACAAUGAAGUUUACAACUCGAACUAUCUGAGCUUUUCCCGGAAAAAUGAUGAAGUUAUUCCAUCAGAGUAUGUUACCGUGGUGUCAACGAGGUCUAUUGUUCUGCGGUACCCGAUAACGUCACCGGAUUAUGGUGGUAACUACAUCUGUAAACUCAACCGAACAAAUGGACGACCAGAAAUUAUCGGAACCCAGUUUGUAGUGGUUGAAUAUGAGCCACAGCCUGUCACGGAAAUAAAUUGUCGAGUUUACAAUUGGCAGAAUAUGACAUGUACAUGGGACCUUGGUGUACAGUUUAUUCACCCCAAAUUUAUCGAAAUAGUGCUGGUUUGGACGAGAUUGAAAUCGCAACACGACUGUAAGCGACAGACAUUAACUUCGUGUUCAUGGUGGGAAGUUGACGGAGAUGACUCCUUUAUGGAAGAUCUUGUCUACAAUAUGGGCGUCAGUAUUGAAAACACUGCGACAAAAACAUUUUACCCGAAGAAAACUAAACCCAUUACUGUUGAUACUUCUAAGAUAGUUGAGCCAGCCCCGGUGACAUCUAUGAGUUCAGAGAAGAAUAGCACAUGUGUAACAUUGUCAUGGCAACAUGAACAGACAAGAAGGAAUAAGGUUUACAGGGUAGAUUUUAAACAGGGCAUAGAUAGACAUUGGCAGUCCAAAUAUGUCGGCGAGUCAGAGAUGUUGACAUUGUGUGGUUUACAUCGUAACACAUUGUAUAAUUUCCAAGUACUUUGUAAGCCAAGAGAAGAAGGUUUCUGGAGCAAGCCAACAUCUCAGCUAGUCAAAACAGAUGAAGAUGUUCCAGCGAAGGCUCCAGAGCUUUUACCAGGGAGUUACAUAGAGAAACCAAUUCACCACAAUACCUUGAAUAGAGUUUGGAUAUACUGGAAGCGGAUCAGUAGGGAAGAUUCAAACGGUAACAUAACUUACUAUCAAAUAAAGCAUCGAAACUGCGACACAGGGUCGAAAUGGGAGACAACUCAGGUGAAAGCAGAAACGCAGGACAUACUUACUCUGGUUGCCAUGGACACCUACGCUAUACGUAUUGCAGCUGCCACCUCUAAAGGAUUGUCAAAAAUCUAUUCCGAAAUAUAUCUUCCAGGAAAAUCAGAAAAACCUAAGAUUCCAGAUUAUAUUGUUGAAGCUGACAAUGCCUCGAAGAAUACAAAGGUUACUAUAUCGUGGAGUCCAGUGAACAUGUGGUCAUCAAGUUACUGGAAAAAUCUCACAUCAUAUACAGUGUUCUGGUGUAGGGGCUCAAAAAUAGAAAACUGUCAGGAUGCGAUAAAGUCUGCAGAGGUGGAUAUACACAGUACAGAAUAUGUGUUAUAUAUGACAGAUUUCCAGCUGUACAUGUUUGGUGUGGCUGUGAAUGCCAUGUCAACUAGAGGCAAGAUCAUCAGUAGUGGGUUUAAGUGGAACACUUGUAUGUACAUCAAAAAUACCAAACCAGAGGUGGCGCCACGUAAUUUACAUGCUGCAGUAUAUCAGCCAGAUAGUAGUUUGAGUAUUGAAUGGGACAAACUGUCAUGCGAGGACACUCGUGCCUACAUUCAUAACUAUGUUGUCUAUAUAUGUCCUUCUGACAAGGGAGAAAACUGCUCAGGGGAAUUGUCAACGUUCACAGUAGACAAAGAGGAAAAUGUGUACACCAUACACGAGUUAAUAGAGGGUACACGUUACAAAGUCUGGGUGAAAGCGCAGGCAGCUGGGGGUCUGGGACCAAGAAGUGAUUUCAUUUACAACGUGGUUAUAGACAGAAUUUUUGCCUCAAGGGAUAGUGAGCUCCUUGGUCUUGGGUUGAAUGCAGGGGAGAUUGGUGGUAUAGUGGUCGGCUCCUUGUUUGUUCUUAUAAUAUUCCUCUUUGGAAUUAUACUGUGUACACGGCAAGUGUUUAGGACAGUAAAACAGAGAUACUUUGCUCCAGUCCCCAUAGAAAUACCUCACACUUCACUGCCCCCUUUACCUCCAAUACCGAUGCCUCCGCGCCAAAACUCCCCAGACUCGGACAGUUCAGAUGGAAUUUAUGAGAAAAUUAUAGAAGGCCCACCAAGCCCCGGCUCUUCAACAGAAUCAACAACUGGUGUAGAAGCUCCUCUUAUAAGUAACAAAUGGAAGUUCUCAUCUUUAAAGCAACAUAUAUAUGGUCAUAGUAAGAAGGACCGAGGUCGACACAGUAGUGACAGUGGGCGGGGCAGUUUAAGCCAGUCAGCUGAUACUUUAUUGAUGAGACUACACCCAUCACACCUUAAAAAAUAUAAGAAAAAUAAGAAAUCCAACAAGUCAGAGAGUGAUUCUGGAGUCAUAGUUGAUGGGAGGGGCCAAGUCUGCACAUACUCUAAUAGUAACCAAUCAGAGAAGAGCAGGGGUAGGGACAAUUGUAGUAUAAAUACUUAUAACUUUAAUUGUGCGAACGGGAAACUGAGCUGUGGGGAAGUGAGUCCGUACAGUUGUGUUGAUAUUGUUGAUAAAGUAGAUAGUAAAUCAGAACAAUUGGGUAGAAAAUUGUCUUCAUGUGAUAAAUCAGAUAUAUCAAAGUGUAAAGGGAGUACUUUAUCCUUGCCACCAGGGUUGUGUAAAAUGUCUACAUUCAUGUCUAAGCCAUUAGACUUUAGAGCUCAAAGUGCUGGAAAUGACUUAGAUUAUGAUCAUCGAAGACUAAGCUCAAUGAAAGAAACGAGGGAAUUUGAAUCGAGUGACAUGAAUUCUGAAGCUGGUACUCUCGACAGUGUGGACGAUAUAGAGCAUGAAACCACUGACUCCUGCAGUAGCCGGGAACCAGACAGUUCUAUUUAUAGAUCAGAUGGGAACCAUGCUCCAGGAAUGAAUUCGUACCUGAAAUUUGUUGACAGUAAGAAGAUGGAGUCAGUAGAAGAUGUUACCGAGAUACAGUGUACUUGUGAUUGCCACAAAAACAAUGGGGUACAAAUGAUGGUCGGAGAUGGGUAUGUCACUGAGGCGGCCAUGAUUUCUCAUUCGGAAGACACUUGUGAAUGUGUACAGAGGAAGAAAAAUCACAUUCAGGUACAGGGAGAAGACAAUGUGCCAAAAGUGUCGAGUUUAACAGAUAUAGGAAAGAAUGGGUUACGACCAAGUAGUCAGGUUUACAACCUUCCGCCUCAUUUCUACGGUUCCAUGGGAACUGUUAUAGACCCUUCAAGAACAACUGAACUUUAAGAUAUUCAAAUUGUCAUACAAAAACAAACCCCCAAAAAACCCAUGGUAUUAUUUUUUUGUGAGCUGGCUUUAAAUAAAUUCACAAGUAUUGUUUGUGAUAUCAUAAUUAGUUUGAUUAUUAUUUGAUGCUUGUGGAUUUUUUGCGCUACAAAAAAAUUUUUAAUUUUGUUGUGCAUUUUAUUGUUUUGUCAUUUAUGUAUCUGUAAUUACAUAACAAGGCUUUUUGUGUUGAUUGCAUAAUUGCAUGAAUUUGCAAAAUUCUGUAAUUGCAUAAUAUGGAAAAAAAGAUAUGAAAUAAUCAUGUAUAACAAGAUAAGUUAAAAAUGUACAAACAUUUUUUUUGCGUGUGUGUGCGUGAGUUUUUUAUUAUUUUUCUUUAUUAUCAUUAUUUUAAAUGAGAUUCAUUAAUGAAAUAUGAAGGACUUCUUUUGUUUCUCAAGUCAGAUAAUAUUUCUAGAAGGAUAGUUCAAGAGAAAUGAUUAAUGCUGGAAAUGUUUUAUUAUGUUAUUUAUAGAUCUGAAUGGGCUUAAUGUAACAAUCAAUUUUUUGUGGAAUUUGCAUUUUUUUUAACAAUAUAAUUUCUACAUCAUGAUGAUAAAGUUAGAAACUGUACAAAUAAUGUGAGUAGAGGACUAAAAACUCGUCAGUUGUAUUUUUUGUUGAAAUGACGGAAAGUCGGCCAGUGGAACGAAUACAGCUCUGAUCCUUACUGUAGUCAGAGUUUGGGCUUUGCCAUCAGUAUGGAGCCAGGCUAGCCUGCCAAACCAAGUCCACCUUUCACUAACCUUCUCAAAAGUCAAAAUCUCGGCUCAAAUCUGAGAUUUUUUUCAACCUCCGAAACUGAGAUUGAGAUUUUUUUUCUAAGGUGAGCAAGAAUCUCAGUCACUAUUGAGACAAUCUUAGGUUGAGAUUUGUCUCAGUUUUGAGAAUGUUAGUAAAAACCGGGCCUGGUCAUAUACUGUUACAAUACAGUUGAUGGUCUUUAAAUUUAAAUUUUCAUCACGAUAUUUAAUUAGCAAAAUUGGGAAUUACAAAAUUUUUUGUGAAUUUCAAAAUUUUAAGUUGGUAUUAGCCAUUAGUCAGAUUGUAUGGACGUGCAGGCUUCCUCACACAGUGCCCUAUACCUAACUUAAACAUACUACAAACAUACGUUGUAUUUAUUUUACACACAAGUUUAUUGUUUCAAUAAUUUGAAUGAAAACUAAAAUUUAUAUAUAUUCAUGUUCUAGAAUAAGAUUUAAUGGCAUUUUUGUGAACUGCAGACGCCUUGCAAGGGAUCACAGCGGUGAAAGUGUUCAUAUGGCAUUUGUAGGUUAUUGAAUGUAAUCAAUUUAUAGAGAUUUUGUGCAUAACUUUUUGAAAAUUUUCCUUCGAAUAAAGUGCAGGUAUAAUUUCUUUCCAUUAGGUUUUUUCCUACAUGGAAGUACCAUUUUAAAUGAUCUCAGAUUUUUUUCUCCUAAUUUUGGGACCAAAAAUAUAUGGGGACGGUAACUUUUGGUCCCAGCUUUCCUAAAAUGAUGGAUUUAAUUGUUAGUUUAAAACUUAAUCAUGUAGUUGAAUGAAAUUCUUCAUUUAUGUAGAUCUAUAUCUUUAAUUUAACAUACUGAUUUUGAUCUUGAAACUGACCUUGACCUUGAAGGUCAACUCACAUAUAUCACGUUGAACCUGAAAAAGACCUUGACAUUCAAGGUCAAACUUUCAAAAUUCAUGAACUUUAAUAAUAUACAAUAUGUAUACUUGGGCAUUAGUGUUAAAAGAUUAUGUACUGGUGUAAAACUGGGUUGUAAUGUCAUACUUUAAGACAAUCAUAUGUUUAUGGUGUCCCUGUGCCAUGUUUGGUGAUUACUGUACAUGUAUAGAAAUUUCUUGUCAAAAAUAUUUGCAGGGAGAGAUGAUUGUUCAAAUAUCUUUUUAUUUUUUGCAUGAAAGUGAGGUGGUUGUCAAUUUUUUGGGGUUUUUUUUAGGGUUUUUUUUUUUUUUGCUUGAAAAUGUGCCAGAAUAGAAUUUACAUUUUAAAAUAGUUCAACAUACUACAAUCAAAUUUGUUUACAAACUGUACUUUUUUUUGGUUUGAUUAUAAAAUGAAGUUGGGUUUAGACUGCCAUGAACUAUGUUCUACAUUCCAGCGAAUCAUGUUGUAACUAGAGUACAUAAAAAUACUCCUUAUUCUCAAUUCCAAACAGUCACUUCACUACAUACCUAAACAAUUUUUAUAGAUAUUUAGCCAAAGAAACCAAGACCUUUGAAUUGUUUUUUAUUUAAGAAAUAGUAUAAGUUUCAUGUUGUUUAUUGGCUAUUUAACACCACUUUGGAGUUUUGACGAAUAGGAAUUGACCAUGAAGGCCAUAGGCCUGCGAUGAUUGAUCUUUCUGUAUUUUAUUAUAACCCCACUUUUAAGGGGGGAAUAUUCCCCCCACUUCUAUGGGGGAAUAAUCCCCCUCUUCUUAGGGGGAUUGGGGGAUACAGAUUUGUCCUUGUUAGUCAUGCUGAUGAUCUGCUGUUGACAGACAAAACACUGAAAUAUGAGAGCAACUGAGUCCUAUGAACACCUUUUCAGUUCACGGCUGUUUCCAACAGUUUGAUUUUUUUUCUCCAUUUCUUCAAUUGUAUAAAAACAUUCCAUGUUAUCUUUGUUUUGUUUUUUUUAAUUUAUUCCAAAUUGUACAUUCCAUUAUGAAAUUUUGUACAUUUAUGAAAUUGCCAUUUUGUUUCUCAUAUUAUUGUAAGAGAUUAUUUUUUCAAACCAUUGGAAGAGUGUUCUCUUAUGAUAAAUAAAUACUAGUGUGUUUAAUUGUAUAGUGCUAUCUACUGACGAUUAUAGUAUAAACUCAUUUUAAUUAUGUAAUUACACCAAGGAAACAAUGCUGUUAUAACCCUUCACCCUGCUAGGUCUAGAAAUGUUUCAGAUGUAUAAUUCACCAGUUUAUUCUAUUAUAAGCAAUUUAAACAGGCCCCUGUGAUCAUUAGCAUUUAAGAAUCAAGAUCAGAAUGAAAUUUAAAAAGUCAAAUUAUUAUAUUCUCCAUUGUUUAUCCUCAUAAAUUGAAUAUGUAAUGUUAACUUGAUAAAAUUUGAUAAUGGACAGUUUCAAAAAUGGAAGUUUUACAAGUCCAGUUUUAAAAAAAAAAGAUGAAGCAGAUCAAGGGUUAAAACCUCAUGGAAUGGCGGUCUGGCCAAAUUGUUAAUGCGUCAGACUAGUUAUCUAAGGAUUGCUGGCCACAUUGGUUCGGACCCAGUCUGGGGAAAGCCAUUGUUUCCUUGAGCAAAAUACUUUACACUCAUUGCUUCAUACUCACUACUGGUUGGUUCCAGGAACAGAUUCGAGAGUGUUUCAGUAAGCUUACAGCUUUCAACACAAUCGAACUUAAAUAAAUUUGUAUGAACUAAUGAGGGAUAAAGUUGAUAUGUGUAUACAUAAUGCUAUAUGAAAUGUAGAAUAGCAGUAUAAGUAAAAGUAUAAGUAAAUAUUUGGUUUUACCUGGAUCAGCAUUAUUACAAUCAAUAAAGCUUGGUUGUGAACUUUUCUCAUCAAAAUUUGUACAUAUGUUUAUGUAAUUAUUUGUAUAUAGAUAUUGUGAUAUACUUCCUGCAUGUUGCUCUAGGCUCAUUCAAUGUUGCCUCAUCCUGUUUCACACUUUUAUUAAUGAGUGCAUAAUAGUAUCACACUGAUGUAACUGUUACUGCGCUCGUAAAUUGUUAUCACACUGUGGUAACUGUUACUGCACUUGUAAAUUGAUAUCACACUGAGGUAACUGUUACUGCGCUUGUAAACUGUUAUCACACUGAGGUAACUGUUACUGCGCUCGUAAAUUGUUAUCACACUGAGGUAACUGUUACUGCGCUCGUAAAUUGUUAUCACACUGUGGUAACUGUUACUGCGCUUGUAAAUUGUUAUCACACUGUGGUAACUGUUACUGUGCUUGUAAAUUGUAAACACACUGAGGUAACUGUUACUGCGCUUGUUAAUUGUUAUCACACUGAGGUAACUCUUACUGCGCUUGUAAAUUGUUAUCACACUGUGGUAACUGUUACUGUGCUUGUAAAUUGUAAACACACUGAGGUAGCUGUUACUGUGCUUGUAAAUUGUUAUCACACUGUGGUAAUUGUUACUGCGCUUGUUAAUUGUAAACACACUGAGGUAACUGUUACUGCGCUUGUUAAUUGUAAACACACUGAGGUAACUGUUACUGUGCUUGUAAAUUGUUAUCACACUGAGGUAACUGUUACUGCGCUUGUUAAUUGUAAACACACUGAGGUAACUUUUACUGCGCUUGUAAAUUGUUAUCACACUGUGGUAACUGUUACUGUGCUUGUUAAUUGUAAACACACUGAGGUAGCUGUUACUGUGCUUGUAAAUUGUUAUCACACUGUGGUAAUUGUUACUGCGCUUGUUAAUUGUAAACACACUGAGGUAACUGUUACUGCGCUUGUUAAUUGUAAACACACUGAGGUAACUUUUACUGCGCUUGUAAAUUGUUAACACACUGAGGUAACUUUUACUGUGCUUGUAAAUUGUUAUCACACUGAGGUAACUUUUACUGCGCUUGUAAAUUGUUAUCACACUGAGGUAACUGUUACUGUGCUUGUAAAUUGUUAUCACACUGUGGUAAUUGUUACUGCGCUUGUUAAUUGUAAACACACUGAGGUAACUGUUACAGAUUAUAGGUGUUAUUCACAGAGCACAGAAAAUGCAAUCUUCCUAUUACUUAAAUUGAUUUAAAAUUGUGAUAAAGUUAAUGUCUUGAAUACUAUCUAUAAUCUUUAAAAGACUAGGAAUCUAUAAUUUUGAAAAUUCAUUUGGUUUUAUGCUCAAAAUAGAUGUGAACAGCUUACACUGUAUAGCUGUCAUGUUUCUGUAUAUUAUCAUAGCAUAGUCCUAAGUACAUAUAUAUUUCUGAAUACCCCUCAUAUGUCUGUUAUUUAAAAUAUAUAAAAAAAAAUCUAAUUUGCAUUUCCUAGAAAAGAUUGUCUCAAAGAUUUUGUGUUAAUCUUGCCAUUCCUGUUUGAAACUCUUUUAGUUAUGAAAAUAAAGUUAUAUCUAAAAAGAAUUCUCUAAAGUAAGCACAAUAGAAAAUAUGAACUAAAAAAAGUGUAGGCUUACAGUUAAACCUCUGCACAAUACCCUUGUUGAGACAAUGAUUUAGGAUAUUAAAGAGAGGUAGUUGGAGGGUUCCUCGGCAGAGGUGUUACUGUAUCCUGAUGUAAUGAAAACUGCACAAUUAAAUGAUUACGUAAAAUGUUUUAAUUUUUCUUUUUCUUAUUUUCACUUUAAAAGUAUCUGAGGAGGUCCUUCAAGGUUGUAUGUUUUUGACUACCGGAUGCUUUGAUUGUGUGUUUAACUUGUAUAUUGCUGGGGAUGUAUGCAUCUUUUUUUCUCUUGUUUGUUAUUUUAGUGCUUGAAUUCUAAAGCAAAGUGCUUGAAACAAAUUGUCAUUUUGUACUAAAGAAAAAUUGACUUUACUUUUUUUUUAAAGUCUUUAUUUUCGUAGAAUUAGUUGCAAUAUUUUUGUAAGGGCAUGAAAAACCUCCUUUUUUUGCAUUUUAAGAUUACCUCAAAUAAUAAUUGUGUGAGAUGAUAAGAUUUGUCAAUUUUUUUAAUUUUAUGAAACAAAUAUGAGCUGCGCUAUGACAAAACCAACAUAGUGCGUUUGCAACCAGCAUGGAUCCAGACCAGCCUGCGGAUACAAACCCUAUAACAAGUAGAGAAAUUGAUAGCGAACAGCAUGGAUCCUGACCAGUAAGACUGCGCAGGAGCGCAGGCUGGUCUGGAUCUAUGCUGGUCGCAAACGCAUGUUGGUUUUGUCAUGGCGCGGCUCAUAUGAUGUGUAGAUUUAAUUUGACUUUUUGAAAGCUUUUCUUUAUUUUUUUAAUGACAAAUACACUCAUCAACUACUUUUUUUGUUAAAGUGUAAUAAAGUUAAAAACCUUUUUCAUAAAUUUUAAUAAAAUAAAAAACCUUUUUAAUAAAUGUAGAUCGUUGUAAUGGGUACGAAAAUCAAAAAUCACAAAUUUUGAUAUUUUUACUACUUCAGAUUCACAAGAACUGUAUACAUGUAAUAGCAAAACUUGUAUAUUAUGUAAAAAAAACAUAAUAUAUAUGCUUAAUUAUUUAAAAGUUUUUAUACUCGGUCGUUUGAAAUUUUUUUCCUAUGCUGGAACUGAUGAAAGUGGUCAGCCUCUAAGGGCCAGUAUAAAACCAAAAGAGAAAAUAAGAAUCCCUAAAGAACAUCUAAAACAGCAAAUGUUGCGGGCUUGGUGCUGUCAGACCUGGCUCUUUACUGUCGGCUGACUUUUUAUUACUGUCGGCUGACCUUUUAUUACUGUCGGCUAAAAAUUCUCUGUAACCAAUUUAAAGUCAGACACAAAGGCUUAUCACUUUCGAAUCUAGCAGGUUUAAGUGUACUGUGUUAAAGCAGGGCAGGUCUGCUAUACAAAUGCAAGUGCUAUAACGGUUGUUUGAAAGUUUACUUUUUUCACCAAAUUAUUUUUUUUUUUUUUUUCGGGAUAAAUGUUAUGUAAAGAGUGUAAUGCAUUAUGGUAUGCGUAUACAGGUGUGUAUGAACCAGACAUGGUGUACUUCCGGUGGAUACGGGGCAUUUUUUCAGUUUGUUUAUUUAUUGUUUCUUUUAUUCUCCUUAUUUGAUUUCCGACAUGUAUUUUAGUCAGGUAAAUGAUGUUUAUUAUAUUUGGAGUAUGUUUUUUUGAACUUUGGGCAUUAUCUUAAGAAAAGAUGUAUUCUUAUUAUAUAAAACAUAUAUCUACAAUCGCAUUGUCAUAAUACUUAUGUUUUCUUUCUGUCAUUUUGUUUUUAUAUUGACUCCUUGUUUUGCGUUAUAUUUCAUAUGUUCAUAUAUAUGUGAUUCUAUGAAUAAUGUAUGAUCAUUGAUUCCAUGCUAGAACAAACAGACAUAUUCAGUUUUUCGUUCAUAAAAUUACACAAGAACGCAGCUAUCAUUGUCUGGUCAAAUAGGUGUUUUGUGGAGCAUGACAAAUGUGGGUUUUUCAAGGCUAAUUAUAGCUUCACAAUGGUUCACAAUAAACUAGUUAUUUACAAAGUUGUAAUGGUAAAAGUUUUUCUGUAUCCCCCCGGAUCCCCUUGGAAAACAUAAAUAUUCUAAAAUCUGAUUGAGGGGGAGAGGGGUUAUCUAUUGGUCUCUUAUCAUUUUGUGUUUCACUCAUGUCACGGCUCUUUAUAAAAUCAGGUUUUAACUUCAUUAUUUUCAGAAUUGUAAUUACAUUAAACACUUGGAUAUUUUAUGCACUUGAGUUGUCAUAUGUUUCCCUUGCAGUUAUUUAUGAUUUGUUUGGACACCUGAUCUCAGUGUAAUAUUCUGCUAUAAGGCAUGGUUAGGUUCAGAAGCAAAGCUUGCCUAACGGAUUUCUUUUUUAUUUUCAUGAAGUUAGUGCAGCUUAGCUAUGGCCUAUUUUUUUCUUCAUUUUUUCGUAAAGUUUGAUUAUAAUUCUAAGGUAGUGCAUGCAUGUUUGAAAAAAAGUGUUAAAUAUCUAAUCGGAAAAUACAUGUAUCACAUUAAUAUGCCACCGUUAAGAUUGUGACAGUUUUUGUUUUACAUUGCAAAUUUUCAUAAUAUUUAUGCUUUACAUUAAAGUUUGUCAAAUUAAAUACAUGUGAAAUUGUCACAUUCUGAACUUGAAUCGUAACAUACGACAAUAUUAUCAUGGAAUGUGUCGCAUCAUGUCACACUAGAAUUUGUCGUACUAGUAUGUGUUACAUUAAUAAAUUAUCACACUACAAAUUAUCACGUUUGUCUAAAAUUGUUAUGAUAAGCUACAUUAGAAAUCAUCACUCGCAAAGUCAUCUCACCAGCAAAUCGUGACAUGUCAUAAAAUAAAUAUCACAUACUAUCCUCUCAUGUGUGUCACAAGAAUAACCUUAUCUUCCCUUGUAUACAGUACCAUCCCGAUGUGAUCUAACACCCUGUAGGAACGAUUAUUUAAAAUCCUUAACCUGCUGGAAUCUAAAGUAAUCGGCGUUUGCCGCCAGUAUAGAGCCAGGCCAGACUGAACAUCCAUGACGUCUGGCCAAGCCCUUUACUGUUGCCUGUCCUACUUCAUAUUUUCAUCUUGAUAUCCCUCAUAUUGAUAAUGGAGAGGUCUUAAAAUAGAAGCUGGACAAGUUCAUUUAAGAAAUUAAGCAGGUUAAAGGCGAUCUUUUUUUUCUUUCAAAUAUUGUAUUUGUAUAACUUAUUUCAAUUGUUCAUUGCAAUAGUGCUGUUUGUGAGACUCUAUAGUUUGAGGUAUUUGCUCUUUCUAAAUCUGAGAAUUGCUCUAUUGAUCAUGGUUCCAGAUACAUUUUUUGUAUUUUUACAUGUAUGUGAAGGAUAUACAUGUUUCUCUUCAAUAUUCUUAUUGCUCAAUAUUUUCUUAAUGUCUUGCUAUUACACAUUAUUUAAACUUAACAUAUGUCUCUCAUUUCAAGUCAUUACUCAUUAUUACACAUUACUUAUAAUUACACAUGACUCAUAAUUACACAUUAUAUUUUACAUCGCUCAUAUUUACUCAUUUCUCACUAUUACACAUUGCUCAUUAUUACACAUGGAUCAUUAUUACAUAUGAAUCAUUAUUACAUAUUAUCAUAACAUAUUUUGUGUACAAUGUAUUUAUCUUGAAUCAAAUGAUGGAGUUUUUUUUAUAGUAUCUUCUGUAGUAAAAUGUUCUUCAGUUAAACUGAAAUAAUUGUGGUAAUAAUUAUUUUCCAAUAUUUGUGCAUUUGUGUUUUCAUACUGACAUGUUUAUUAAAUGAGAAUAAAACUGUUGUUAACAUUUAA